AUGGAAGAAACAAAUUUUGCUGUCGAUACGGAACAGGGUUUUAAACUUCAAGGAACCUUGUAUUUAAAAGAUAAUGCGCCCAGUGAUGAUAUCGUCAUAUUUUGUCAUGGUCUUAUGAACACGAGAAAUUCCGAGGUUAAUCAAUCCAUUAUUAAGGAGAUAGAUUUCAAUUCUAUCUCUUUUGAUUUUCAGGGUAACGGAGAGAGUGAAGGGACGACAAGAUGCGGAAAUCACAUUGAAGAAGUUGAAAAUAUCCGUUGUAUUGUCUGCUACGUGAGAUCCAUUUUAAAGCGAAAAGUCCUUUGCAUUUGUGGACACAGCAAAGGUGCAGUUGUGGUGCUUUUAUAUGCGUCGAAAUACAAUGAUGUUCCAUUAGUCAUCAAUAUUUCUGGCAGAUAUGAUCAUACACAAAUUCCAUCAUAUCUCACGUCCGAACAGUUUUUGCAAAGGUUCGGGCCAAUUAACGAUCAGGAUUAUGAAGAAUUUAAGCAAUUGAACACGUCUGUUGUAAAAAAUAUUGAUCGGCAAAAGUCGAAGGUUCUGACUGUCCAUGGUUCCAAAGACAAUGUCUGUCCUCCGGAAGGAGCUUUAACGUACCACAAGUUAAUUGGUCCAGAACCUCAUCACAAAUUGGUGAUGAUUCAAGAUGCAGACCAUGGAUAUAAGAAUAAAAAGAACGAAUUGACGGCGAAUAUAAGAUCGUGGCUUUCUGAGAAUUUUUCGUGGGCUUCUAAAAUCAACUAA